ACCAGCAACAAGAACUGAAGCGUGCUACAGCGUCCUGCGUCUGCUGGUUGUCUGAGACCAGAAGAAUAGAAAAGCCCCAAGGGGAGGGGGGGCGUGGGCACAUCAGGGCCAGACGCAGCACAGCUCUUGGGGUUCCGGCCGAGAGAGAGGGGUGAUACGAUGCCAAGUUGGAACCCUGACCCCGGACAGAAAGGCCACCAUCUCUCUCUCUCUCUCUCUCUCUCUCUCCUCUCUCUCCUCUCAGUCCGUUUUCCAAGACACUUCCAACGCGCACGCACGCCACUCUACAUGGGCGAUGACUUGGGCGAUCCCUGCUCCGGGCGUCUUCCCCAAGUCCUCUCAUCCCUGUCCGGGUUACCAGCGAUACCCCGGUAGAAAGCGGCGAAGGAAAAGAAGAGGAGGGGGGGGAAAAAACAUACCCCCAAACCCGAAAAUGAUUCCCUUCCCCCCACACCAAACCUGUAAUAAUCCCCUAUGUUGUACGAAACAAAAAAAAGAUGGACAAUUGGGCGUCCCACCGGCAAACUGUUUGCAUUAUUUUCUUUUACCACCUUUUGUUUCCCACCGUCUCAUCAUUUAUUUCGAUUCUUCUGGGAGGGUGUUGGUUCUUUUGUUACUGGAGAGAAACGCUCCAAACGUCAAGGCGGUGGUGACCUUGCGGUCCUCUGUGUUCCUCGUAUGCAACAACUAUUUACCCACAUUAUUUACGAUUGCCUGCGGAAGAAGAACACGCAUACAAUCGCACACACAAAACAAAACAAAGAUUUACAUAUUCUUAACGAUUGAAAGUCAAAAUAUGAAUGGGGAUGCUGCGACCGCGCCGCUUAAAAAAGGCUGGAGUGGAGGAGGGGGGGGGGAUACCAAGCGGGGGGGGGCGCUGCUGAAAACGGCAAAACAAGGAGAGGCCACCCGUUCGAUGAUCAACGGCGAAAAUGAGGGGCGCGUGGGUCGGGACCUAGUUGUUUGUACCGUAUAGCAUUGUGAGAGGAUGAGAAGAAGAUGGUACUGGGAUGAGAUUGAGAUAGAUUGUUACUACUAUUGUCCCGUCCCUCCGCCGCUUCUUU